AUGGCGGCCGCCGGGCGGCUGUACGCCCUGCUGUGCCUGGCGCUGGCGGCCGGUGCGGCCGCGCUGGGGAAGCGGAGCCCAGUGAAGGUGCUGUCGGACGGCAUGUGGCGGGAGCUGCUGCAGGGCGAGUGGAUGGUGGAGUUCUAUGCCCCUUGGUGCCCCGCCUGCCAGAACCUGCAGCCCGAGUGGGAGAAGUUUGCCGAGUGGGGCGAGGACCUGGAAGUGAACAUUGCCAAAGUGGAUGUCACGGAGCAGCCGGGAUUAAGUGGACGAUUCAUCAUAACAGCUCUUCCUACCAUAUAUCACUGUAAAGAUGGAGAGUUCAGAAGAUACCAGGGUGCAAGAACUAAAACUGAUUUCAUAAAUUUCAUCAGUGACCAGGAAUGGAAAUCUAUUGAACCAGUUUCAUCAUGGUUUGGUCCUUCCUCUUUCCUGAUGAGCAGUAUGUCAGCUUUGUUUCAGUUGUCAAUGUGGAUCAGGCACUGCCAUAGUUAUUUAACAGAAAAUGUUGGAAUACCGGUCUGGGGCUCAUAUGCUGUUUUUGCGUUGGCAACUCUAUUCUCGGGACUGAUACUGGGACUUAUAAUGGUGUUCUUAGCAGACUGUAUUUUUCCAUCCAAAAGGCACAGACCACCACAGUACCCUCAUUCAAGAAAGCUAGCUCCAGAGUCAGCUCAGCUGCUGAAAAAGCUGGAUGAAGAGCAAGAAGCAGAUGAGGAAGAUAACUCAGAUGAUGAAGCAGAGGCUAAAGAGGUGUCCAACAGAAACUCAUCACCAAAUGCUACUCCUGGUUUAACAAGAACUUCUAGCACUAAUUAACCUUGCCUUCGCCUUCUGCACACCUACCUUUUCUUACUGCCUCCCUGCCUUAGGCAAGUAACCAAAUUCCAAAACUUAGUCGUAAGUGUUCCGAGUUGCUGGAAUCCAGCCUCUGUGUGGCAGACCUCUGCAUGUCAUUAGUGUAACUUCUGCCAGUUCUGUUGGAUUAUCCAUAGGCAGCCUGUGUUUGCUGAUCUCUGUAAAUCUUACUGUUCAUAUUUUUAAUAAUGUUAUGGUUUUGUCCUGUGAAUAUUUAAGUUUCUUGAUAUUUUUUUAAAAUCUGUAUUCCAAAGAUGUUUACUGAGGCUGAGUGAAGGUUGCAAUGUAACAAAUGUGCGUAAGAGCCUGUCCUUUCUGUGUAUUGAUAGUGCUUGAAUAUCAGUUUUAUAAAACUCAGACUGCCCUUUCCAUAUCAUCGCCUUGACCGAGCAUGUCAGAUUUCAUUCCAGAAGAAAUUAAUUAACUGUAACAAUACUUUUUUUAAUGUUUCGGAGAGUCUUCAAGUAAAAAAAAUAACCACCAGCUUU